GUAGCUCUGUUGUUUAAAUUUCGCACGGACCGCUCAAACAUAAAGGGGUGGAGACGAACAAAGUAUAUUUUUGUGGAAUAAAAUAAUUCAGCCUUUCAGAGAUCAAAGAUGCCCCCACUGACUGCAAGUCCAUUGUGCGGAUAUUACCAUCAUUGACCAAGCAGCCUUUUUUCAUAUUCUUAUUUUUCUCAUUUAUUUUCAGUACACAUAAUUUGUAAAUUUGUAUUUUUUCUAUUUUUUUCUGGACCAAAAUGACCACAGUCCUGUAAUGAAUAUGUGAUACUGUAAGCACUGUUAUGUAACAGAAAGACAACACCACAAACUCUUACAAAUGGGUAAUGAGUAACAAACUCAGACUUAAAAGGAUCUAAAGUUCAGCACUGUACUUUGUAAACCGCUACAACUCCAUGAAUGAGUUGACUGACCAACAGCCUUACUUUUCUACGCGUGACCCUUCCUGACUUUCUACCAACCGUUCCCUCUGCACGCACCCACCCACCUACACCCACACAAACACAGAUGAAGAUGCUCACCACCAUGACAUACCGGAUGCCCAACUUCACACUGGAGCAGAAGCUCUACCUCCUGCAGAAAAUCCACAGCGUGGUGGAUGCUGUGCAGGAUUUCCGCAAGGACACCAACACCACUGUGUACCGCAACGCUGUGUGGGCUGAACUGGCGAAGGCCUUCAACGAGGCCUUCCCCAACCGGCCGCCGAGCAGUGUGAGCUCCCUUAAGACGCUGUGGAAGAGGCUGAAGGUGGAGUGCCGUGUAGCGCUGCAGAGGCGUCAGGAACAGCAGGCAGCCGGAAUGCCGCUCACUGCCCUCACACAGGUGCAGCGGGAGGUGAUGGCUCUGGUGCCAAACCUGAUCUCCAACUUGGAGGACUUGGAUGGAGAUGGCAGCUACAGCUCAGUCACAAACAGCUCGCCUGGUCCUGUGACUGGAGGCACCAAUGGAAAUGAGACAGAAGAUUUGGACCAAAAUGAUGAACUUGAGAGUAAAGAGCUCAUAGCCAUCGAUGUUGGCUUGGCCUCGCCUAUCGAACACCCACAGAACUCUGGGACAUCUCCUGGCCCUGCCCCCUCCUCCCCAUCGCAUCAGUUCCACACCCAUUCCGCUUCCAGGGCUGCCUCCCUUUGCUCCUCCCUCUUCUACCCGACCCAGUCCAGAGCUGGCUCAGGUUUAGGGUCUGGGUCAAGGGGCUUGACCUUUGACCCCCCACGCAGAGUGUCAGCAGCAGCGCCUCAUAUCUCGCCGCCAGCAGAGAACUCGUUUGCGUUUGCAGACGCUCGUGUUCUUGACUCGGCAGGCUGGGAGGCGCGCAGACAGGAGGUGCUGGAGCAGGAGCACCAGCAGACCAUGAGCCUUCUUCUACUGCAGCAGUGUGUGUGGGAGGAGAAGAGGAGAGCAGCCAGACAGAAGGAGAAAGCAGCGCGGGCCAAGAAACGCUACUACCAGGCCAAACUGCGCAAGCUGGGGGGUGAAGUGCAGCUCUCCAGCAGCGACAGCGAUGAGGAGCAUCUCCAGACAUGAUGUUCGGGCCUCAAGAACUUUCAAGUCAGAAAUGUUCAAGAACGUUAGUCAUUUGUGUUUUUUUAAUCUAUUGAUGCUUUUUUAUUUUCCUAUGAAAACAGAAGAUUUUAUUUUUGAGUAAUCAUGUGUUUUGGAGUGCGUCCCAUGUGUUUCGGAGUGUCCUUAAAUGUAUGUCCUUCUGUCAUUUAUGUGGAUCAUAUCACUGAAGAUACUCAGCCUGUUCCAAAUGCUCUAAAGCCUCCUCUUCUCUUUUGCUCCUCUACCUCAGUAGAUCUUCCAGUUCAGAUAGCUCCAGGUUCAACACAAAAUACCUUUAAUGUCUACUGAGAUAUUCUCAGUUCUUUCUGUUUUCUGAUAUAGGGGUUUUAAGGGCUGACAAUUGACAUGAUACUGAUACUGCACCUGUUAUGUAUUGUGAUUCACACUUUACAAAGUGGAAACAAAUGAUGUUGUACACAGUACAAACUUCCAGAUAGAACCGGCUCAAUUUUGCUUUCAGUGGUUAGCAAGAGGGCAAGAUGACGAGGACUGUAUGAUAGAGCUUUGUAAUGGGAAUUCAAGUAGGUGGUUGUAAGUCAAUGUAGUUAUUCUUUCUCAGGUAUAUUACGCUGGACAAUGGGCUGCUGGAAGAAAGACUAAAAGAAUCCUGUAAAAGCAGGAAAACCUCAAACUGAUGCUGAAAUCAUUGAAAGUUAAAGGGACAUUCCGGCCACAAUGAAAACUUUUGCCAAUGCUACAGCUGUUAGCCCGCUUACUCACAGGCGGCAGCUGGGCCACAGUAGCCUCUAGAGUAUGAAUUUCCAUUUUAAAGACUAGGAAAACACCUUUCUGAUGAUGUAUCUUCAAGGUGGGAUAAAGUUGUUAUAAACUACAGCUGCUUUGUGGUGGAUUUCUGGGGGCUGAUUUUUUUUCCCAUUAGCUGCUGAAUGCAAAGGGGAGGCAGUAGCUAACAUCAUUAUUGCUAGGAAGGUGAAUAUUUUAUAGCAACUGUAUGACUGUAGCACCUGUUUUCAAAUCAUUAUAGUGGAGAGACCUGAUUACACAAGACAAAUUACCUCUCAGAUGAGGACAAGCUAAAAGUUAACAAGGUAGCUAAAUACCUUACCUCAGUUUAGCUUCUUUUCUCUGACGGAAAGGAUAAAAAACAUGCACAUUUUAUGUGGAAUAAAGAUAGAAUUGCUGUUUUGAUGAGUUUGUUUGAUGAGUGAGGCAAGAGGUCGUGCUAGCUUUGUUGUAUUUAUUUCCCUUUAGAUCAGUGACUAGGCCAGCAGCCAGGAGCGUUUGACACCACAGGGAUUCCCCAUGGUUCAUAGUUUUGUGGUGUAUUUGUGCAGUGCAUGCUGGGUGUUGUAGUCAGAGAACAGUAAUGUAUGAAAGCGAUAUAAAACCAUGAAUGUCAUGUGGAUGAGGCUGAGAGACACAGUGCUGUGUUACUGUAGUUUUAGGCUGGAAUGCCCCUUUAAAGGAAGGUUUCAGAUUUUCCAGCCACAAACACAACAACAAGCUUGCCGUUGUCCGAAAAUGUUUUUCAGGUAAACAAAAAAGACUCAUGAACAAAACUGUUAGCAAUAACUUUUUUUUAAUGUCCAACAUUUCUCUUGUACGGUUUCUGUGGUAACCAAUUAUGGGCAGCUUUUUUCCCCAGGACCCCCCAUUGUAAAUGGGAUAGCAGACAUCCCAUAAUAAAAACACAUUAACCAGUGA